UUGGGUAGCAAAUCAAGAAGAAAGAGCUCUACGUCGAAGAAAUGCAAGUCAAAUUUUCCUGUUGGGGAGCUCAGCAAGCAGAGGGCUACGCUUCGAGCGGAGUACCUUUCGAAAUCAAAGGAAAUUUGUACUUUAAAUAAAAAGAUUCAGCGACUCAAGAAUAAGGUAAGUUUAGCUUGAAAAGUUUUUUUUUAGUGAAAAGUGUGGACUGCCGUGUGGAAAGAAAAUUCUGCAGGUUUUGUAUUUUUGCGAUUUUUCCAGCGAUCCGCUAAAAUUUACUCCAGAGUAAAUGUUCUAAGUUAAAUUCGCUACCUUCAUUUCUUACAGAAGUAGUGGGAAGAAGUUGAUAAAAUAUCAAGCAAAUUCAUCUCGUGUGAUCAUGUCCGUAAUUCUCAUGACCACUCUUGUUAACAAGGCAUUGAUAUUACAAGGAGAAAUUUGAUGCUGAUCACUCAUAGGGCUUAAAGGUUUUACUUACGUUCUUUGACUUGCAGAAAACUCAACUAAAAGAAAAUAUUGAUCAGGUAAAAGCUGAUCUUCCUGCUGUCAAAAGUAAAAGGUUAGUUUUCGAAGUGACAGCUAACACGUCCACUCAAAGGAAAAAAAGUCCAACUGUACUCAGUGAUGAGGGAAAGCUAAAUAUGCCUCAGCGAAGUGCCAGCAGAAGACAACUUGAAACGUUGGUUGCAGCAACAGAGGUGAAUGGUGGAUCUGUUGAAAACAGGUCCCUAGCCUUGGAUGGCAUGUUUUCAACACUGACUAAAUAUGCGAAGACAGCAGCUUUAUCCAAAUACUUUUCUUCAUCAAAAAAGAUGAGAAAAGCUAGUCUAGCAGUAAUAAAACCUCAGGUUAAACAGUAUGAGCAAAGUGAUCAUAAUGUCAUUCGUUCACUUUCUAUGCUUUAUGCAGGAGGACUGAUGGGAAAG